AUGGAUGAUGAGGCGACUGAGCGCUUGAAAAGGCUCCAAAUGGAGGACCUUGGGACGCUUAGAAGAGAGCACAUCUCAACUGCAGAUAGCAAGAGUUUUAGGAACAUUCGCUUGAAGGAUAUUGAAGCUACUCGCAUGUCCAAUGUCGCCGGGACAGACGCAGAGCGUGUUGCUAAAGCAAACGCACCACGCCUCAACGCUUGGGCUAACGUGUACAAAGAGAUAGGUGAUACCCAAGAAUUGGAGCAAUUGGACAGCCUCCUCGAUGGCCAAAGCCAUCGCCUUCAACUGCGUGCUGUAAUACAAGAAAGUGGCGGCCAAUCUUAUUCAAAAUCUGUCCAAAAGAAAGACAAUUUUCUCAAGGCCGCUGAACGAGCCCCAAGUGGUCGCUCUAUAUCGGCAAGAGGCUCGAAGAUAUCUGGCCGUGGCGGAGGAGUGAUCGGAACAAGAGGUCGUGUCACAAAACACCCUGCACCAACUGCUCAGCCUCAGGCUUUACAACAACCUGUUGUCUCGAAGUUGGGUAACUAUCUUGUUGAAUCACCUCAUUCCAGAAAGCGCCUCCAAGAUCCUGCUCUUGAUAGUAACAACGACUCUCCAAGAAAGGGCCGGGAAGAAUAUGCUCGUAAAGUUCAGAGAGAAACUAGAGGAGUGAAGAGAGAGCUUGCCUCCUUGAAAAAGAGACGACCUAUAUCCAGAGCAGAUUAUUCACGGAUUCUUAGUCCUCCCGAAAGUUUUCUUGCUGUGGCUCGCAACCUGGUCAGCGCCAAAACUCCAAGUUCGUCUCCACCUUCGGUGACUAGCAAAAGCCAUGAAGCAGAAGCCAGAACUAUCGGCCUGUCAGAAAAUGCCCACUUCCAAAGCCUUGAGUUUAUUAGAGAGCAUAAAGACAAUGCUGCAGCUCAGGUGUAUGAUGAAUCCGUUGUGUCUUUACUCUCCGAACGAGAUUCAGUGGCCGUUGCCACGCCUGCCUCGUCUGAUAACGGCCAAUUUGUGCAAGGCAUCAUAGUCCCGACGUCUGGUGCAGCAAAUGAGGAAGGCCAGCGUCCUCAGAUAUUGAGCCUGGCAUCUUCAGAACAAUCCCCUUCUGGCCCUGCAGACCUGAAGAACCAAGACAAACCACGAACACAGAGCGAUGGGCCACUAAGCCACUCUACCGAGCUUCGAGAACCAGAUUCAGCAGUUCAGUUCAUAGAGCAAGAAACUCCUAGUAGCCCGGCUGAGGUGUCAAGUGAAGUUCUGCUUGACUUCGACUCGACCCCUCCAAAUAAAGAAGUGCUGGAUGCCCAAGAUCGCCGAUUGAUGAGUCCGGCCAUGGAAGAUUUGAAAGGGAUCUAUUUCCAGGACUAUUCUAUACCAGUUCCAGCCCAGAAACCGGUAGUACCCGAAUCCAGUGAGGUACAAGCCGAGACAGUUGAUUUGAAGGACUCGUUGAGACAUAGCGAAGAAGAAAGCAAGAGUGAAAAGACGAUUUCUAUACAAGCUAAAGCACCCGUCGAUCUGGACGCCAUUCAGAAGAAGAUUGCUGGGUUUUACAACUUCGUGGAGUCAACUUUCCGUCAACACGUGCCUGGGCAUCUACAAGACGAGGAUCUGCAAGCUUUGAUCAAAUACAAAAAGGAGCUCAUAGACCAAAUUCCAUGGCCUAAACAGCCAUCUCGAAAGACCCUUGGGCAAAUCGCUGAGCAACAUCAGGAUAACAUCACUUAUCAGGAAGCUCCAACUAUUAUUUCUGAAAAGGAAAAGGAAACAGAAGAGUCUGAGAUAUUCUCCCCUGCAUUGUCAACAUCCUCUCUGGCUGAGAGCACACCUCUCAAAAAAGGAUAUGUAUCAUCUGGUCUACCUUUGGAUGGCAGCCCCAGCCCAUCCAGGUUCAACGCAAAGGCAAUGCCGUUUUCCCCAGGAAAUCUCUUCAGCAAAACCCAAAGGAACACUAGUUUCAGCGAGUAUCGGGACCCAGACCCUCCCCUCUCAAGCGACUCAGAAACCUCUCAAUCGCCAGUCGACCAUCUACAGCGCACUCGUCAGCCUAGUAAGGAUGGUGCUAUUAUGGGUUCACCGAGCCCAAGCACCGUUGAGGCCACACCACAGUCCAGACAGGACGUCCGUAAGCCUAGCGAGAGCCAUAUCUUUGGCGAUCAUCUACUACCAGGCAGACGUGGUGGCCAGGCUCAGGCACCUGGAAUGGAGAUAUCGUCGGCAGAGAAGCCUCUCAAUCAUGGAACACUUCAACCACGGGUGAAGUUCUCAAUUCCGUAUCGGCCACAGGCUUCCGUUUUCAUUCCUAAAGAAACCCUACUUACAUUCGAUAAGGAGGACGACCAGAACCUACUUGAGUCUAAGACUGCUAACAUCGCUGGUCCCUCAGCUACCACCAAGGAUACCUCUUCCAAGACUAUGGCUUCAGUGCACGCUCUGGGAGGAACAGUAUUCAAUGUGUCGAAUACCAGUGCGCUCACUAGUCGAUCCGCUCCUAGGUCUGCGCCGGCCAAUGUCGUGCAUAAUGCCACUCCAAAGUUGAGCGAACUGCAGCAGUCGAUACAUGCCCCAAAACCAAACCCACUGCAGCAGUCAGUCCCCUCUACAAAGCCGGACGCAUUGCAGCAAUCGAGAUAUGCUCCAAGACCGAACCCGCUCCAGCAGUCGAUACAUGCUCCCAAAGCCCAAGAAAGCAACACGCUUCAGAAGCCUAAUGGACCAUUUCGAGGUGGCAUUGGAAGCUCGAUCUACGCAAACCCCACAGAAGGACGUCCUUUGCGUUGA